AGACAAGCCGGGUCAAGUCGUGAGCCAACAAUGCGCGGUAGCCGUCGUGACUGAAAACAAUGACCGAUGCCGGGUUUUUUCGCGGGACGAGCGCAGAGCAAGAUAAUCGCUUCACCGACAAACAGAAAAAGCUCUUGAAGCAGCUGAGAUUUCACGAUGUCCUCAACAAAAGGAUUGACAUGACCAAGGUGAACCUGGACACCGUCAAGCCAUGGAUCACCAGAAAGAUAACGGAGUUGCUUGGGAUGGAAGAUGAAGUCGUGGUCGAGUUUGUCUUUAACCAACUAGAGGCAGACAAGCAUCCUGACCCACGGAUGAUGCAGAUCAACCUGACAGGCUUCCUGAACGGCAAGAAUGCGCGUGACUUCAUGGGUGAGAUGUGGACCCUGCUGCUCAGUGCACAGGAGACAGGUGGCAUUCCUGCAGAGAUCCUCGAAGAGAAGAAGGCAGAGAUCAGAAGGCGCCAGGAGGAGCAAGAGAGAAUGCAUGACAGCGCUAGACGAACAGAAGAACGUGAACGUGAGAAAAUGGUUGAAAGGGCAAGGGAAGCCGCAGCUGCAUCUCUACGUGACAGAUCACCCGAGAAGCCAAAGGAGCGGCCAAACCAUUCUGAAGUCAAGCCAAAGGAA